UUUUCAGUUUCGAAACUGGGACAUUGAUUUAUGUGAAGAUUUUUCUGUAAAUAAAUUUAAGCCUCCACGAAACGAUGACAUCGCCUAGGAUUUAAGUGUAAACCAUUAAGUAGAAUGAUUAGCAACAAUUGUAAUCUACAUAGUGUUUAAGUGUGCUGUAUGUGCCGUGAAUGUCGAGAAAAAAUUUCCUUUAAAUGGUGCAUAAUGGAUGAUGACCUUCAACCGUUGAGGAGCGACGAAUGUAUUGAGCAGAAUAACAAUAACGUUAUUAUCGACGAAAGUGAAGGAGCUGUCGGGGGACCCGUGGAAAACGAUAGCCAGCCGCCAAUUCUACAGCUGAGUGAAGUCGAUUGGACUGAGGAAGAGUUUGAUCGGGAUCCUCAUAGGGAAUACUUUUACGAUGCAUAUCGAUCCGGAGCUGGAUCACCGGAGUUAGACGAUUCCGUAGAGACCACAGAGGAGGUGGCAACGGAGCAGAAACCACUGUCACUGAUGGACGACUGGGAACUGUGGGACUAUAUGGACGAGGAAACGCUAAAGCAGCGACUGAAAUUUCAUCCGGAGCUGCUGGAGCAAAUCACACGUAAGCGGAAGCGAAGAGCCGCUCUGGAGGAAAGUGAUGAUGACGAUCUCUGUGCGGUGAUGGAAAGGCAUGCAAAAGUGACGAAGUUUAGUGAACACGCAAAGGUGUACUAGUGUCGAAUCUACUAUCUAGUGUUUCAGUUUUAUUUUACUAAUUUUAAUUGUAAAGUGUAAUUUAGCAUGUGUAAUAUUAAUAGAACUUUUUACAAUUUCUGCUCUGUACUCUUUUCAAGCAUACUUGUAAAUAUAUUACUUUAUUGAUUGCUUCAA